UAAUACUAUGCUGACGUGUCGCAGCUCCUGCACCGGAAGACGUCCGUUCAACUCGUCUACGCGCUCAACCAGCCGCUCCGUUCACUCCCGUUCUUUCUGCCCCUGGACCCGGAAAAGUAACGGUUUUGACUUCAACAGUCGCUCCAGUCCCCCGGCUUAUUCACCUGCUCACCCCCUCAACGGCGUAUCUCAACCCGCGGACAUGGCUUCGGUUUCGGCACAAGCUCAGGCGACGAGCCCGGCUCAGUCGGUUCCUCUGCAGCGAGGAAUAGUGAAGAUGGUCUUGUCGGGCUGCGCCAUCAUCGUGCGGGGUCAGCCCCGCGGAGGCCCGCCCCCCGAGCGGCAGAUCAACCUCAGCAACAUCCGCGCCGGGGCUAUGGCCCGGCGCGCAGCCCAGAGCCAGCCCGACGCCAAGGACACCCCUGACGAGCCAUGGGCGUUCCAGGCCAGAGAGUUCCUGCGCAAAAAGCUGAUCGGCAAAGAGGUGUGCUUCAACGUGGAGAUCAAGACCGCUCUGGGCAGAGAGUACGGCAUGGUGUACCUCGGCCGGGACACAACAGGAGAGAACCUGGCGGAGUCCCUCGUGAACGAAGGCCUGGCCACAGUCCGCAGGGAAGGAAUCCGCGGAAACAAUCCAGACCAGGUCAGGCUGUGCGAGAUGGAGGACCAGUCCAAAGCAUCCAGGAAGGGCAUGUGGAGCGAGGGCGGAGGCGCCCACACCAUCCGAGACAUGAAGUACGUCAUCGAGAACCCACGGCACUUCGUGGACGCCAUGCACCAGAAACCUGUCAACGCCAUCAUCGAGCACGUGCGCGAUGGGAGUGUGGUGCGCGCCCUUCUCCUGCCGGACCACUACCUGGUCACCAUCAUGCUGUCCGGAGUUAAGUGUCCCUCGUUCAAGCGGGAGCCGGACGGCCUGGAGACCCCAGAGGCGUACGCGGCCGAGGCCAAGUUCUUCACAGAGUCGCGCCUGCUGCAGCGCGACGUGCAGAUCAUCAUGGAGAGCUGCCCCAACCAGAUCAUCCUGGGCACCAUCAUGCACCCGAACGGCAACAUCACAGAGCUGCUGUUGAAGGAGGGGUUUGCGCGCUGCGUGGACUGGUCCAUGGCCGUCUACACUGGGGGCGCAGAACAGCUCCGAGCAGCCGAGAAGUCUGCCAAGGAACGCCGGGUGCGCAUCUGGAAGGACUACGUGGCGCCCACCGCCAACAUAGACCUUAAGGACAGGCAGUUCGUCGCCAAGGUGAUGCAGGUGAUCAAUGCCGACGCCAUCGUGGUGAAGAUGAACUCUGGGGAGAACAAGACCGUCCACCUCUCCAGCAUUCGUCCCCCCAGGAUCGAGGGAGAGGAGAAGAACAAAGACAAAGACAAGCGUUUCCGUCCCCUCUACGACAUCCCCUACAUGUUUGAGGCCCGCGAGUUCAUGAGGAAGAAGCUCAUCGGCAAGAAGGUCAACGUGACAGUGGACUACAUCAGAGCCGCCACCGGGGCCGGAGAGACCACCCCCGCCUUCUCGGAGCGCACCUGUGCCACCGUCUCCAUCGGGGGAAUAAACAUCGCAGAGGCCCUGGUCAGCAAAGGCCUGGCCACCAUCAUCAGAUACCGGCAGGAUGACGACCAGAGGUCCUCCCACUACGACGAACUGCUGGCCGCAGAGGCACGGGCUAUCAAGAACGGGAAAGGACUGCACAGCAAGAAGGAGGUUCCUAUCCACAGAGUGGCUGAUAUAUCUGGGGAGACGCAGAAGGCCAAACAGUUCCUCCCCUUCCUGCAGAGGGCGGGCCGCUCGGAGGCCGUGGUCGAGUACGUCUUCAGCGGCUCCCGCCUCAAGCUCUACAUGCCCAAGGAGACCUGCCUCAUCACCUUCCUCCUCGCCGGCAUCGACUGUCCACGUGGCUCCAGGAACACGCCCGGGGGCGUUCAGACCGCCGACCCCUUCAGCAACGAUGCCUUGGUGUUCACCAGAGAUCUGGUGCUCCAGAGAGAGGUCUGGGCCAACUACGAGGAGAAGCCCGUGGAGGAGGUGGUCCAGAUGAAGGAGGAGAAGGAGCGCGUGGCCAACUACAAGGCGGCCUACGUCACCGAGAUCUCCGACAGCAUGCACUUCUACGCCCAGGAUGUGGAGACAGGGGCCCAGCUGGAGAGCCUGAUGGAGACGAUGCGGGCGGAGAUCGCCGCCCAGCCGCCCGUGGAGGGGUCCUACGCCCCCCGCCGGGGAGACUUCUGCAUCGCCACGUUCGCUGACGGAGAAUGGUACAGAGCCAGGCUGGAGAAGGUGGAGUCCCCGUCGAAAGUCCAUGUGUUCUACAUCGACUACGGAAACAGAGAGGUGGUCUCCGCGGUCCGUCUGGCCGCCAUGCCCCCCGCCUUCAGCACCAGAGUCUUGCCGGCGCAGGCUACGGAAUACACCUUCGCCUUCAUCCAGGUCCCUCAGGAUGACGACAUCCGGGCGGAGGUGGUGGACAGCCUGGUGCGUGACAUCCAGAACACGCAGUGCCUGCUGAACGUGGAGUACGCGGGCGCCACCUGCCCCCACGUCAGCCUGCAGUUCGGGGACACCAAGGACGACGUGGGCCUGGGCCUGGUCAAGGAGGGCAUGGUGAUGGUGGACGUGCGCAAGGAGAAGCACCUGGCCAAGAUGGUCAACGAGUACCUGACUGGCCAGGAGUCUGCCAAGAGUGCCAGGUUGAACAUUUGGCGCUACGGAGACUUCCGCGCCGACGACGCCGAUGAGUUCGGCUACCGUCGCUAAAACAUCGGAACAAAAGACGGGAACGAAAACGCAACACGCCAUCCAUCCCAACACCAUUCCAAAGACCACCCGCGGAAGACGAGAGGCGCGUCAGGAAGACCCCCUUUGAUCACCUUAAAUCAACUAAACGACAAGCAUUGACGUUCAGCUUCCAUUUUGUUUCGACAAGUCAUUAUUUUUCCAAUUUUUUUUUAACGCUUAAUUAUUUUUUUGUUUUCCCCCGUUUUUUUAUUUUUUUUUAAAUAACUGCGCCCGUCUUAUCUUCGUAUCUUACUGAACAUGAAAUCCAGACUCGUUUUGAUGUUGAAAGUUCUCUCUUCUAAACACCAAUCAUGUAUCACUCGAUCUCAGCGGGCCAAUUUGCCAGUUCCUCUGCACUAUUGCCAAUCUGUGUUAAUUGCCAUGCUUCGUUUUAUUUUUGUUAGCUUCAUAAAAUGACCCCCCCCCCCCCCCCCCCCGUUUUCAGCUAAUCGUCCCCCUCCGUUGUCCGAUGCCCUGCAGCCAAUCCACGUCGUCGUUCACACGAGAAAGGGCCUUGAGCUCAGGUUUCUCUUGUCGUUGGCGGCAGAUUCUCUUAAUUCUCCCUAUCGAGUUUGCCAUGUAAAUGUGAGCAUAUUUUGAAACGUGUGAAUUUGGUUUAUUCCCUGAGGGACUAGGCAGGGGGAAAGGCUGCAAUGCGACGGAACCAAGAAAAUCAAAGUUGUAUGUCGGGGUUCCUUUCGGUUGUAAUCUGUGUGAUAAGGACUACUCCCAGAGUUUUUGUGAGCGGUUCGGUCGCCAUAUGGCUGCCUCUUCGCGCUUCGACGUCGUGAACUUCCUCGAUAUUACAGCAUUAAUCAUGGUCAUCUCUCACUCUCUAUCUCUCUCUUUCGGUAAUGUUUACAUUCUGUUGCAGCGGUUAUGAUCUCGUCUUUGGCAGUCUUUCUCUUCUCUUGUCUCUGUAUAUCACGGCAGAAACAGUGUAUGAAUUUUGUUUUCCUUAUAAUAGACCUUGUCAUUAUAUUAAAAGAAAAAAUGAUCUGCUGAAUAAAAAUAUGCAAAUGAU